AUUGCGAGACUUGAGCUGUUCAGUAGAAUUUUGCGAUUGGUUGUCAAAACGUUACUUAAAAUGAAGUUUAUUCUCAAAUGUCUAUUGCUGUUGAUAUCAUCUUGUUGUUACAGUCAUUGUACAUCGUCCCAACCUAAAUACCACAUUGCAACUUACACGAGCAAUUGGUUUGAGGCGGCGGAGUACUGCCACCGGAUGAACAAGCAACUGGCCAUACUGGACUCGGAGGAAAAGCAAAACGCCGCUGUGGAAGCCGCCCAAGCCGAGGAACUGCACCUGUCCGGAUUCUUCGGAGUUUGGCUGGGUGCCACGGAUUUGGCUCGGACGGGUAACUUCGUGUGGCACAACACCGGAGCGCGGAUGCGUUUCUCCCGCUGGAAACCCGGCGAGCCCAGCGGUCGCGGUGAACAUUGUGUGGUGCUGUACUACUGGCCCAAGCAGGGAUUCAACUGGACCUGGAAUGACGCUCCGUGCAGCACGGAGCUGUAUGCCAUCUGUGAGAGUGCGGGACAAAGCACGUGCAUUCAAGAGUUUUAGCAUUUGAUUUUAGUGCGAACGGGUUCAAUAAAUCAGAAGAAGAAGAAGAAGUUAUAAUGCA